GAGAGCUGAACACCACUGCGUCUCAUCCUGUUUAACACAUUUACUACAACAGAGCUUGCAGCUGUUAAACAGGAAGUCUAGUAUCUUUUUUCAGUCUUCAAAAACAAGCUGACAGCUAUGAAACUCAUUCUGCGGUGGAUUUUUUGCUUCAGUUUAGGUUUUGUUGCUGAUUGCCAAGAGAAUCGUUAUGGAUUGAAAGGAAGCUCGAUCCAACUGAGCAUCAGUCCCAGAAAUCAGUCACAUGUGCAAAAACCAGUAUGGAGACGAUUCAACAGGCAAGAGUUGCUUGCAAACUCACAGGGAGUUUCUCCUAUAUAUAGUAAUCGAAUGAGCUUGAACACCUCAGACUGGUCUUUGACCAUACAAGACCUUCAUCAAAAUGACAGUGGACAAUAUGAGGCCCUUUCGUUCUUUGAGGAUAAAAUUCUGACUGCAUUCACACUUACAGUGGAGAACACUGUCUCUGAGCCUGUAAUCAAAGUGAGUCAAUAUGACUCUAAUUCAUCUGCUGCAGCGUGUCAGGCGACAGUAAAUUGUUCGACUGAUGGCAGCUGGGCCAUGUUUGGGUGCAACCAAAGUCUCUGUGCAAAGAAACAAGAAACUACAUCCUCCAUUAACAUCACUGUCAUCGUCACAUCAGUGGACAACAUCCAGUGCCACGCCAGCAACCACGUGAGCAAGAAUCAUUCUCAGACUACCAAAGUUAUUAUGUGUAAUGAAAAGCUGCAAAGUGAUUUGCACUCCCCAUCGUCACUCAGCACUCAGAACAUUAUCAUCAUUGGUGUUGGUGUUUUAUUGGCUUUGUUUCUGGUUUCCAUUGCAGUAUUUGUCAUGAGUAGGAGGUGUUCAAAGAUUCAUCCGCAGUCCAGUCAUGUUGUGAUUCAACAGCAUCAUGAGACGAUCUACAGCACGGUGCAAAAGCCGUCCACAUCCCUGACCUCUCCGACAAACAACACUGUCAGCAACAAAGUAGAAACCAUCUAUGACACUCCAUCACGACCAAGGCUUGUCAAGUAGACAGUGCGGCGGUGAAGAGAAACAAUCAGGAGCAACUCCAAUCUGGACACGACAGAGCUAUUGAAGUAAAAGCUACAGUUCACCAGGCAGCAGAACACGAUUCAGAACCAAUGAACACGGUUUACUGCAAACUGGGAGAGAUAUGACACAAACACACACAUACUGUACAUGCCUGAGACGUCACUUCAGCUGAGAUUAAAGACCUUUGUGAGAGAGAAAAAAAUAUUUAAUGUAAAUUUUGUGUUUUCAAUAGUGAAUAGAUGGUUUUGAGGAUUCAUUGGUGGAUGCAGUAUAUGCUGUUUGCAACAUGCUAUUUUGUGAAACAGUAUAUUCAAUACACAAAAAAGGAGGUUUUCUUAGCAAUACAGUGGAAGAAUCAUUUUUGGUACCCCAAAGAACUUUUAAACUCUUUAAAAAAAUUUAGUGUAAAGAAUAUUUAAUAAUAUGAAGAACCUUUAAAGAACAUUUGUGGAAUGGAAAUAUUCUUCACAGAACUAUCAAUAGCAAUAAAUAAUCUUUAUUUUUAGAAGUGCAAUGAUAUACAUUUCAAACAGUCCCAUGUUGUUGUCCUGUGACCUCAUUGUGAAGCAUGUUUCAUUCAGCAAGUAGCAUUGAGCUGAGUUGUCAUCUCUGAAAAAAUGUGUAAUUUUGAUUAAAAAAAAUUAUGAAAAUUUGGGGUUAAAAAAAUCACAGCACAUAUAGUCGCUAGUUCAUUCCUUACACUGGAAAUUAAAAGUCAAGUUGAAUGCAAUUACUUGAUUGUAGCAUUCUUUAUCUUAUGUAGUGUGUGGUUUGGCAAAUAAAAAAUAAGAUAAAAAAAAAUAUAGCAUACUGUGCACAGUAUACUGAACAAAUGGUGAUUAUACGCUGUUCUGAACAUAAUUGUCUGUUGUAUUACACACUUUCUCUGGGUUGACAACUGUUUAGUUAGGAAUGAAGAUGUAAAUUAUAAUGUGAUACUAAACAGUUUUAUUUUUGUAAAAUAAAGGCAAUUGCAAAGUA